CAUGCGCAUGCGCACACGACAGCGCACCGGAGCAGCGCUAAUGGCGGAGAGCGUGCGGUCGCCGUUUGACUACCGGGAGCCCCCGACUCUCGACAGCGACGGGGAUGGAAGCAAGCCGCCGCCACCGCGCGGCCGCGUGUGUGGCAGGAAGAGGAAGGGGACGCCAGUGAAGGUGUGUGACCGUGCAGCAUAUGUGACGGAGGAUGAGGAGGAGAGUCUGUCUGAACACAGUUACAGCCCAGGUAGAGACCGCUUGACUGACAUGCAAAUUGACCAAGCACACAGUUUGUGCCAUUUAGUGACGGGGGACGAGCAGUAUCCAGAGGGCGCUGAAGACCGACUUCCUCCGCCUGGCAGUCCGUUCUACCUCACUGACCCCUCACAGCUGUGUGUGCCUGAGCUCGGCGAAGAAGGCACGAGCGGCGUCCGCGGGCCCGUGCUUUUCCACCCGCCACCCAACUGCAGAAUUAGAGAGGUGCAUUGUGGGAGUCAGGUGCGGCUGGUCGUCAUAGCGAUUCGAGACAUUGCCAAAGGAGAGGAGAUCACUGUGGACUACAGCUUGACCGACUGGGGAGAAAAUCCCAUGGGUUUCCAUAGUUCAGUGUCUCCACCUGGAUUUGAAUGUGGAUUCAACCCAGAGAACAACAUUAAGAAGGAGGAGGAUCCCGGCUCACUACCGCUCUCUCUCACAGUUUCUGACUACCUCACUCCAUCAUGGUCCCUCUCGCCAUCCUCCUCGCCGAUGUCUCAUUCUGAGGCCAGCGACUCGGACCGCGAAGAGGAGGAAGACGAUGAUGAUGACGACGACGACGAAGAACUCGAGGAACUGCGCGGCCGUAUGAUGAGACGGCGUAAGAAACUGAAAACGUCAGCGAGCGUCAAGAAAAAGGCCACGCCCCGCCCACUGUCGUUCACUUGCCCCGCCCCUUCCUCUCCCUCCCCCUUCCAGCAGCCUCUGGCCCCACCCAUGACAAACAUAAACAAUAAUAUUAACAUAAACAUUGGGCACGGUGCAAGCGGUACGGUAUCCCACCGGCAGCACUGCCCAUACUGCGGCCGCCAUUUCCGCUCGCUCGCGCGCCAUCUGGAGAAACACCACGACCAGCAGCCUGAGGUGCGAGCCGCCAUGGAACAGUCGCACCACCAUACGCCUCCCCCACCCACAGCGACCACCAACUCGCACACAUUUUCAUCGCCCGCACAACCCUCGUCCUCCCUGGGACCGUCGCUGUUUUCACGGGAGCACGAUUCUGUGUCAUCGCCGUCUAAAUCCAGUGCCGUUUCGUUUUCGCUCUCCCUGUCACCACCUACUACUUCGAAAACCUCUAAAAAGACCACCACCUCCCUCUCACCUACUAAAAAGGGUGCAGCUCCCGCUGCCAGCACCGUGAACAAAAGCUCUCCUGUCACGCCCAACCCUCCCGCCAGGAGGGGGCGCCCUCCAAAGAAAGGAAAGGAAAAGAAACAGGAGGAGCUGCAGCAAGCCAAAGAAGAGGCUCCUCCUACUCCAGGUCAACAGGAGGAUGAGGCAGAUAAAGAGGUGGAUGAGUUAAACACGAAAGAAGGGAGUGUAGAGGAGAAGAACGGUGAGAUGGAGAGCUCUCCUCGGUCACACAUGCCUCCUCUCCUCUCCUCACUUUCUACUCUGGUUCUGUACCUCCGUCAGCAGCAGCACUCCUCUUUUCUCUCACUUUCUCGUUCGCCCGGCUUGGCAGAGUCGUGGCGUUUGCUGUGCCACUCCAGCUUGGCUCUACUCAUCCUGUACAACCGUCAUCGCGAGUGCGAGGUCGCCAAACUCGCCAUUCAAGACUACCACGACCGCUCCACCGCUUCCCCGAACUCCGUCUCUCCGCUGGAGUCGACGCUUUCUCCUUUUGAACGCCACGUCCUCUGCCACCUGCCCCGGGUGGGCGUACUGGGCAAACGUGGACGCGUUCAACCCCUCAUUCUUCCGCCCAAUUUCGAAGCUUGUCUGGACCUUCUCCUCAAGACCUCCAAGGAUGUGGGCGUCGAUCCAGAGAGCCCGUACGUCUUUUCACGACCGUACCACUCUCCCGCCACGCCGCUACGCGGGACGGACCUACUUCGAGGUUUGGCGCGUACUAGCGGUGCUAAAACCCCCACAGCGCUCACCGCGCCCCGUGCUCGCCGCCAAGUGGCCAUCCUCACCCAACUGCUCUUGCUGGAGGAGGGCGUGAGGCCAGCAGGUGCAGCCGUGAAGCGACUGGAAGACUUUCUUCAGAAAGAGUACCAUGUGACACAAAGCUGCACUCGGAUUGGUCAGGACCCGGCGCUGAUGAGUCGCGUGGGACGGGUGGUGUUGUACGGAGAGCGAGAGGGUGUGCUGUUCAGAGGGAUGAGUCUUCAACACAUCUGUCUCGAACUGGACGUGAUGUCGGGGAACUCUGCCGACUCUUUCUCGGAUGAUUCAGAUGGAGAGACGGAGAAGAAUAAAGAGAAGGCUGAAGUAGUGAAGAAGGGAAGAUCCAGCGCUCGAAGGCCGACGCCUAAAAAGAGAAGCCGCCCACACGUGACACCGGCCACGCCCUCUCCUUCAGGUGCACUCAAGAGGCGGAGCUCCCAGGUCAAAUCAGGUAAACGAGGCGUUCUGAAGCGGCCGUGGUCUGAAGCGGAGCGGGUUGCCGUGGAGACUCACCUGAAGCGGAAUAUCGUGGAACUGCGCGUUCCUGCUAAAGCGGACUGUGAGCGGUGUCUGCAGCUCUGCCCCCUGCUGGUCACCAACCAGCGCGACUGGAGGGCCAUUAAAUUCUACUGCCACAACCGCAUUCAGCUGCUGAAGAAGCAGGGACGCAGAGAAGGCGCACCCGUCUGUUAACUACAGUAACACGUUCAUAUUUCACCAAAAAAUACUAAUUCUGUCAUUAUUUGUUCACCCCUGUGUCGUUCCAAACUCGUAUGCUGUUAUGGAAUGACAUGACGGCGAGUGAAUCAUGACAGACGAAGAUGUACACACUUUCCACAUUCCUGUGUGACCACGAGUCUUUGAAACUAUGAGACGGUCAGUCUCCGGACAGACUGAACUGCUGCACGUAUUGUGAAGUACGAUUUCAUUUCUAUAUGAAUGUUUUUCAUUUGAGUCUUGCGACGCAGUCGGAGCGAUUCUAAUAACUGACGGCGCUGAACAAUUGGGACCAGUUAUUGUUUCUCAGUGUUACCUCAUCGACGCUCAUUCGCUUAACUGCAGAUUAAGUGAAUCUUAUGAAGACAUGGCCGGAUUUCACCUGAAAAGAAAAAGUCCAAAAUAAUAAUUAUGUUUAUAUAAUUCAUGUAAAAUAUUUUAGGACCAUUAAGAUUUUAGUUUUCGUGACGAGCACAUUAAGGUCAUUGAGGUUUUAAACUCUCCGUACUCUGAAGCGUUGAAAAGCCGUUUUCAGGUUGAUGUUGAAAGUGUUUUUGUACUAAAGAACAUUUCUGUUGAAAUACGUAAAAUAUUUUCCGGCGGUCUCUAAACGGUUCACGUGCAUUGAGACAUCUUUAAAAUAAUCAUCAUAUAAUAAUCAAAUGGACUGGACAAUAAUAAAUUAUAUAUAACUGGCUAACAGAAUAUGACGUUUCUGCACACGCUGUUUAUUCACAAAAUAAAUGUUCUGUAAAAAUAGUUAAAUAUUGCUGUAUUGUAUAAUCAACUACAUUUAGAGAUGCUCUGAUCGGUCGGGCGACAGUCACGUCCUGUGACUCGAUCGGUAAUUUGGCCGCACCGAUCGCUCGUGUCGCAAAAGACGCGCGGCUCCUUUAAGAAUUGCACCGCUGUGUCAUGGCAUCAGGAGUGUGGGUAAUACUGGCGUAGUGUUGGAAGACACUUGAUGCAGUGGGGGAAGUAUGGCGAAUAUGAAACGUUCAUGUGGCGGUUCAUAAGCGACAAAACAGCGUUAUCAUCGUUAUAUGGCAGCGUCUCAGUCAUGAUGCCCGCCGGGCAUCGGCAUCUCAGUAAUGGCACCCAUGUGUUAUCGGUUUCACUCUAGAUUCGAUCUUAAUAGAGAGAAUAUUUUGUUAGCCUAUACUAGCUUUUUUUUACGUUUUUUUGUCAGUAAAAACUAGCCGAAGUGAUUUUAUGGGUAGAAAAUCUCACAAAUAGCCGUGACAGAGAUCCUGAUGAAAGGAGAAAUGAUCGGGAUCAGCUGUAAAAUCCUGAUCGGAGCAUCAUUAUUUAUUAUAUUACAAAUGAAAUCCCAUUCUUGUGGAAAACAUGCCUUUAAUUGUAGUUCAUUAAACAGCGUCGAUCUACUUUAGUACAAUGACUGAAAUAAAACUGAUGAUUUAAAUCACCGUCAAUUAUGAUCAGAAAAGUUGCUCCAUUCUUAAUAAAACCCCAGAGAAAAUUGCAAACGAUAAAGUAACCUCAUUUAAUACUUUUUUACUAAGCGACAACUGUGUGAGAAUUAAUGUGAUUUUAAUCUUGCAGUUCAUCGAUGUGAAUAACGCAUUAUAGGAAUGUUCCCUAUGAACAAUCGCAACGAUCUUGGUGUGAACGAGCCUUUAAUUAAGAGUUUUUUGUAAUUAGAAGACGUAUAAUACAUUUCCCCAUGAUGUAUAAAUGCUUGCCAAUGUAAAUAAUAUUUCCAUUAAAAUGUCACAAUGCAAACCAUCGAUAUGAUUAAAAGUAAUUGACCCGUUUGUGGUGAAAUAUGACCGGGGCGUGUUUGGUGAGAUUCACUCAUCUGAGCUUUUAACUAAAGUUGUUUUGCCAUAAACAGCUGAUAUAAACACCAAACUUAUAUUGACCUUUCGCUAAGCCCCGCCUUAAAAACCUUUCUGGCCAAUCCGCCCCUGGGCGUUUACGGUAACACAAGUGGGCGGAGCUCAGCAGACGGUCAUUUGCAUAUCUAGUUCAGAGAUCUCCUGUGCCAACAGAUCAAAAGCAGUUUCACCUUUAAACCUGUUUUUACUGUAAAUUCCCCGUUUUAUCUCUUCAGUCCUCUGAGGUGUAUUCAGUGUACAUGAUGUAUCGUAAUGAUGAUAUUAGACAUUAGCUUCUGGGGGACAUUCUGUAAAUAUCAACUUCAUUUUAAAGAUGUUUUCUGAAAUACUGUUGUAAAGAAAGAUGCUAUCUGGACAAAUACAGACAUUAAUGUCACAUCACAAAACAACAUAUUUGAUUGGCACAUUGUCGUGUGCUUUAUUACUAUAAUCGAUGUGUAUUUUAAUAUCAGCUACAGUUGAUGUAUUCCCACAAACUUGAGAGGGGAAAUGGAAGAAUGUGUUAUUUUGUGUUACUUUCAAUGUGGUCUCAUAUUAGAGAAAAAGACAAUUAAUAAACAACAUUAUAAUUGUUUUCCCCCUGUUUUGAGACUGAGAUGCCUGUGGAAUUGAAAUGUAUGUGGUUAUAUUGUGAAUGUAUGGCAGAAGUGUAGCUGUGGACGGUUAUAUACGGUCUUUCUGUUUAUUAAACAUGUUAUUGCUUGAACGAGGUUUGCAACGCUUCUCAGCAGAAUGCAUUUCAGUGAGCACUCGAUAUUUCGAUGAGACUGUUAACAUAUAUAAUCUUAAACACUUUCUGUCACACGGGAGAGCACAGAUAGAUGCUUUUAAUAACUACAGUGGCAGGAAAAAGUAUGUGAACCCUUUGGAAUUACCUGUAUUUGCGUAUGAACUGAAAAAUCUGGCUAGUUACAAUAAUUUUUUCAAUAAAGUUUUAACUAAUUA